UCAUCAUCAUCACCAUCACCAUCAUCAUCAUCAUCAUCAUCAUCAUCAUCAUCAUCAUCAUCAUCAUCAUCAUCAUCAUCAUCAUCAUCAUCAUCAUCAUCAUCAUCAUCAUCAUCAUCAUCAUCAUCAUCAUCAUCAUCAUCAUCAUCAUCAUCAUCAUCAUCAUCAUCAUCAUCAUCAUCAUCAUCAUCAUCAUCAUCAUCAUCAUCAUCAUCAUCAUCAUCAUCAUCAUCAUCAUCAUCAUCAUCAUCAUCAUCAUCAUCAUCACCAUCACCAUCAUCAUCAUCAUCAUCAUCAUCAUCAUCACCAUCACCAUCACCAUCACCAUCACCAUCACCAUCACCAUCACCAUCACCAUCAUCAUCAUCAUCAUCAUCAUCAUCAUCAUCAUCAUCAUCAUCAUCAUCAUCAUCAUCAUCAUCAUCAUCAUCAUCAUCAUCAUCAUCAUCAUCAUCAUCAUCAUCAUCAUCAUCAUCAUCAUCAUCAUCAUCAUCAUCAUCAUCAUCAUCAUCAUCAUCAUCAUCAUCAUCACCAUCACCAUCAUCAUCAUCAUCACCAUCACCAUCAUCAUCAUCAUCAUCAUCAUCACCAUCACCAUCAUCAUCAUCAUCAUCAUCAUCAUCAUCAUCAUCAUCAUCAUCAUCAUCAUCAUCAUCAACAAGAAAAAGAGAUAAGAACGUAGAGUGUGCACAUCAGCUUGUCCUCGAGCGUGUCACCUUCAGUCCAGCUCAGUACAGUUUCCCAGGCACGCUCAAGUAUUUCUUUGAUAAGAAAUACUUCAUAAGUUUCUACUUAGAUGUCAAACUUGCCUUAUUGGUUAACUUUGAACUCUUGUCUUAA